AUGUUCCCGUCGCUGGUGAACUGCUGUACUAUUGACUGGUUCACAAAAUGGCCACCAGAAGCAUUACUUUCCGUCGCUGAACAGUGCCUUCAGCCUCUUGGAGACCAAAAUAUUAUACACAAGAUCUCUAUGCUAUGCGUCACAAUGCAUCAGGAUGUAGACGUAAUGACUGAUCGACUGUAUGACGAAAUGCGACGUUAUUUCUACACAACACCAAGUAGUUAUUUGGACCUCUUGAAGCUGUACCUAGGUCUUCUGGACAAGAAACAACAGGAGAUAAUACGAGGGCGGGACAGAAUCUCCUGUGGACUACAUAAACUAUACGAGACGUACGAAGUAGUCGGCGUUAUGGAGCAACAGGUGCGUGAUAUGGAGCCAGUACUCGCUAAGAAAGCUGAAGAAGGCAUGGCGUUAGUAGCUCGUUUGAAGGUGGAACAGAAGGCUGCAGAUGAAGUAAAGCAAGCUGUUAUGAAGGAUGAGGCGGCAGCAAAGGUUAAAGCUGAAGAGGUAAAGCAGAUCGCAGAUGAAGCAAAAGCCGAUCUGGCUCUCGCGAUGCCAGCUAUGGAAGCUGCACAAAAUGCCCUCAAAGCCUUAAAUAAAGCAGACAUAAAUGAAUUAAAGGCUUUCCAGAAGCCACCCGCCCUGGUGCGCUUUGUGAUGGAGCCUGUCUGCAUACUACUCGGUGCUAAGCCUGAUUGGGACUCAACUAAAAAGAUGCUGGCAGAUGUGAAUUUUAUCCGAAAUCUAGAAGAGUACGACAAAGAUCACAUACCUGACGCCCUUUUGAAGAAAAUCAAAGUGUAUCUUACCCAUAAGGAUUUUAAUCCCGAAACCGUUGUUAAAGUUUCAAAGGUAUGCCGUUCGAUGGUGUUAUGGGUGCAAGCGAUUGACAUGUAUGCAAAAGUGUUCAGAGUCGUCGAGCCAAAGAUUUUAGCGCAUAAAGAAGCUGCGGCCAUAUUGAAGAGUGUAAUGGCUGUCUUAAGAGCUAAACAGAAGGAAGUUGAGGCCAUAGAAGCACAGCUUGCAAAAAUGUUGGAUGAGCUUAAGGUCGUCGAAGAAGAACGUCAGAAGCUGCAAGCUGACGUUGAUUUGGCCGCGGCGAGGUUGUCGCGUGCAGGAAAAUUGACACAGGCCCUGGCAGACGAGAAAACACGUUGGGAAGAAAGCGUGCAGACGGCAACAUACAAACUCAAGUGUACGACCGGUGAUAUAAUUAUUGCCUCCGGUUGUAUCGCCUACUUCGGCGCAUUUCCUUCCCACUACCGACGGGAACUUGAAAGCAAAUGGGUCGAACAUUGCCACUCACUUGAGAUUCCCUCCUCCGAUAGUUUUGACUUAAUUCAGGUUAUGGCUGAUUCAUACACUGUGCGAACUUGGAACGCCCAGGGACUUCCACGCGACGCUGUUUCCACCGAGAAUGGAAUUUUAGUUACUAGAGCUGGAAGAUGGCCCUUAACGGUUGACCCACAGGAACAGGCAAACAGAUGGAUCAAGAGUAUGGAGAAGGAGAACGGACUACAAAUCACGAAGCUUGUGGAUUCUGGGUACUUGCGUGUCUUAGAAAAUUGUAUUAGACUCGGUUGGCCAAUGCUUAUAGAAGAUCUUGGCGAGCAGCUCGAAGCAACUCUGUCGCCUGUCUUGCUUAAACAGACGUUUCUUCAGGCUGGACGGUUACUCAUACACCUGGGUGACAGCGAUAUUGAGUAUGACACUAACUUCCGGUUAUACCUAACCACGAAACUGGCUAAUCCACACUACUUGCCCGAGAUCUGUAUUCAAGUGACUCUAGUUAACUUUACAGUUACGUUAUCGGGUCUCGAAGAACAGCUGUUAGCGGAUGUUGUACGUUUAGAACGCCCGGACUUAGAGGUGUUACGUACGGAAUUGAUAGUUCGGAUCAAUGCAGACAAAGCGACAUUGCUAGAGAUCGAAGAUAAGAUACUACGGCUGCUAUAUGCAUCUUCAGGAAACAUCCUUGAUGAUGAAGAACUUAUAGAGACCCUCAACGAAAGUAAGGAAACAUCUGAAAUAAUAAACGCGCGUUUAGCCGAAACAGAAGCUACUGAAGUGAGCAUAUCCGCAGCGCGCGAGAAGUAUCGUACUGUGGCAACCCGGGGCGCUGUAUUGUAUUUUGCGGUUGCACAACUAGCCGAAAUUGACCCAAUGUACCAGUUCUCAUUGAAAUAUUUUACACAGGUCUUUAACCUUGUGAUAGAGAAGAGUGAAAAAUCUGAUAUACUUGAGAAGAGAUUAGAAAUUCUACACGAUGAGAUCACUCUAUCCGUCUAUAGGAAUGUUUCUCGAGGCCUUUUCGAAAGACAUAAGCUUGUAUUCAGUUUUCUUUUGAAUAUGGCAAUAUACUUACACGCUGGAAAGGUUAGCUCGGAACAAUGGAACUAUAUAUUGAGAGGACCAGCGGGAACUAAAGUUGUGCCAGCGAAGAAACCGCCGGUCGAAACAUUAUCAGACCAGCAAUGGUUGUCAGCAAAUCAUUUGAAUGAAAUGGAUCCAAGUUUUGCUGGCCUACUUGAAGACUGUCUAAGGAAAAUAGAUAUCACUCUUGGAACAUUUAGUGUGGAAAUUUAUAUAAAUGUAAAAGACAAGACCCCAGCAAAGAAAGAUUGGAAUGCAAUCCUUACUCCAUUUGAGAAACUAAUGAUUAUCAAGAGCCUUAAGGAAGAGAAGUUAGUGUUCGCGAUAGCUCAGUACGUGAGCACCUGUCUUGGCAACGUUUUCAUUGAAAGUCCAACUGUCCAACUGAGUACACUAUAUGCCGAUACAGCUGCUCCGAUACCCCUCGUGUUUGUACUAAGUACGGGUUCAGAUCCAUUUGCAGCGUUUCUCAAGUUCGCUACAGAAAUGGGAAUGCGUGAUCGACUGCAUUCUAUAUCCUUAGGCCAAGGUCAGGGUCCUGUUGCAGAAAAGAUGAUUAACGCGGCAAAGCCCAAAGGAGAUUGGGUUUUCUUACAGAACUGCCACUUAGCAGCGUCCUGGAUGUUAAGUUUAGAAAUUAUAGUGGCUCUAAUGAGCGGAGAAUCAACCGGGCCACAUCCAGACUUUAGGCUUUACUUAAGCUCCAUGCCCACCCCGAAGUUUCCUGUCUCAGUCCUCCAAAACUCUGUAAAAGUUACCAAUGAACCACCAAAAGGUUUGAAGGCAAACGUCAAACGGGCAAUGAUUGAAAUGGACGAGGAUUUCUUCGAAAACCACAUUCUAGGCCAAGACUGGCGCACAAUGCUCUUUGGAAUAUGUAUGUUUCAUGCUAUUAUACAAGAGAGAAAGAAAUUCGGCCCUCUCGGGUGGAAUAUUACAUAUGAAUUUAACAAUAGUGAUCGCGAAUGCGCCAUGCUAAAUUUGCAGAUGUUUUGCGAAGAUGGUCAUAUUCCGUGGGAUGCCUUGGAGUAUAUUACGAGCCAAAUAACGUAUGGGGGUCGAGUUACAGACAUGUGGGAUCAGCGUUGUUUGACAACAAUUUUAACACUAUUCUUUUCCGCUCCGACUUUAGAAGAGGGGUACAUAUACUCUUCCUCUGGCACCUAUUUUUGUCCCAGGGCUGAAAAAUUAGAACAAGUUAGAGAGUAUAUAGAAACGCUACCCGGUAUUGAAAACCCCGAAAUAUUCGGAAUGCACGAGAACGCUAAUAUUGCUUUUGAGAAUAAAGAAACAACUACGCUGGUACAGACUAUAGUCGAUGUACAGCCUCGAGCAGGUGGUGGUGGAGGCGGGGAAACCCCAGAUCAAAUAGUUUGGAGAAUUUGUGAGAACACUCGAGCAGUCGUUCCCACCAAAAUUGAUAGAACUCUCAUACAUUCAGACCUAAUGGUGCCAGACGACAUGGGCCAGUUGCACUCUUUAACCAUUGUACUUCUGCAUGAAACGGAUAGAUUCAAUAAACUUUUAUCCUUAAUACACGUAUCUUUAAAUGAACUUCAAAAAGCUAUAAAGGGUGUGGUGGUCAUGUCGGAGGCUUACGAAGAAGUAUUUAGCUCCUUCCUCAACAACAAAGUGCCGGGAAUGUGGCACAAAUCUGGCUAUAACUCGCUCAAGUCAUUGGGAAGCUGGAUACAUGAUCUCACCUUGAGAGUUGACUUUAUUGAGAAAUGGUUAAUCGAUGGCGCCCAAGUAAGCAGCUGGGUGUCGGGUCUGUUUUUCCCCCAAGGUCUUUUAACGGGCGCUUUGCAGGCGUACGCUAGACGAUACAGAGUGCCAAUCGAUGCACUCAUGUUUGACUUUGAGCCUAUUCCCCUUUUUCUAUCGCAGGAAGAUGUGUAUAAGUUUAACAAAAGAAAGAACAAGGAGGAUGAUGGUAGCAGUGUUUUUGGGGAUCUUAAGCGACCUGAAGACGGGGUAAACAUUCAUGGUCUAUUCAUAGACGCAGGUCGCUGGGACACGAAAAAAAAUUGCCUAACAGAUGCCUUGCCGGCACAAAUGAAUCCGCCUCUGCCGGUGGUGCGGUUCAAGCCAGUACUAUCUCUUCCGAAACCGGACCCGCGCUACGAAGCACCGCUAUACAAGACUUCGGAAAGGGCCGGCACUCUGUCAACUACAGGACACAGUACAAACUUCGUUCUGCCUGUAUUACUUCCCGCUGAUAUGCCUUCAGAAUUCUGGAUUAUUCGCGGCACUGCUCUUUUAACGCAAAUUACAGACUAG